AACAUUGUGGUCAGUCUGGAGGCACCAUUUAACAUUAUGGUCAGUCUGGAGGCACCCUUUAACAUUGUGGUCAGUCUCGAGGCACCCUCUAACAUUAUGGUCAGUCUCGAGGCACCCUCUAACAUUAUGGUCAGUCUGGAGGCACCCUUUAACAUUAUGGUCAGUCUGGAGGCCCCUCUAACAUUAUGGUCAGUCUGGAGGCACCCUUUAACAUUGUGGUCAGUCUCGAGGCACCCUCUAACAUUGUGAUCAGUCUGGAGGCACCCUUUAACAUUAUGGUCAGUCUGGAGGCACCCUUUAACAUUAUGGUCAGUCUGGAGGCACCCUCUAACAUUAAGGUCAGUCUCGAGGCACCCUUUAACAUUAUGGUCAGUCUCGAGGCACCCUUUAACAUUAUGGACAGUCUUGAGGCACCCUCUAACAUUGUGGUCAGUCUCAAGGCACCCUUUAAUAUUAUGGUCAGUCUGGAGGCACCCUCUAACAUUAUGGUCAGUCUCGAGGCACCCUCUAACAUUAUGGUCAGUCUGGAGGCACCCUUUAACAUUAUGGUCAGUCUGGAGGCACCCUCUAACAUUAUGGUCAGUCUCGAGGCACCCUUUAACAUUAUGGUCAGUCUGGAGGCACCCUUUAACAUUGUGGUCAGUCUGGAGGCACCCUCUAACAUUAUGAACAGUCUGGAGGCACCCUUUAACAUUAUGGUCAGU